AUGUUUGGUUGGUAUAAAUGUAACACAGAUGGAGCUUCAUUGGGUAAUCCUGGUAUUGCUGCUUGUUCUGGUAUUUUUAGAAACCAUAGAGGUGAAAUGGUUAGUUGUUUUUCCAAGCAUUUGGGGUUGGCUAAUGCUUUGUUUGCGGAAGCAAUGGGGGUCAUUCUUGCUAUUGAACAUGCAUAUGCUCAGAAUUGGUCUCAUCUUUGGAUAGAAAGUGAUUCUAAACUAGUCUCCUUGGCCUUUAAAUCUCCGAAUAUCAUUCCUUGGAAACUAAAGAACAGAUGGAUGAACUGUAUAUACAUGACUAGAAACAUGAGCUUCAUUAUAUCUCACAUCUAUAGGGAGGGCAAUCAUUGUGCAGACAAGCUUGCUAAUCUCGGGCUAUCUUUGCAAGGUUUCACAUGGUGGACAUCUGCUCCAGUUGAAAUUAGGGAAGAUUUAACUAGAAAUAGGUUAGAAAAGGAAAAACUUUAUGAGAAGCCAUGUGACUAUACAAAUGGAAAAUGGAUUUAUGACAAGAAAGGCCCUUUGUAUAAUGGAACAACAUGUAGUAACAUAAAAAAAAGUCAAAAUUGCAUUGUCAAUGGAAGACCAGACUCAAACUACCUUAAUUGGAGAUGGAAACCAAGUGAGUGUCAUCUUCCAAUAUUUGAUCCAAACACUUUUCUUAAGCUCAUAAAAAACAUGAACAUAGUUUUUAUUGGGGACUCAUUAGCAAAUAACCAAAUGGAGUCCCUUAUUUGCCUAUUAUCCACUAUUUCAAAACCUAAACUUGUCCCUCAUAUUGGCACCGAUUCAAAGUGGUACUUUCCUUCUCACAAUGCAAAUUUGUCAUUAUAUUGGUCACCAUUUCUUGUGAAGGGUGAUCAAAGAAAAAAAGAAGGGCCACCAUAUAAUAAAAUAUAUUUGGAUCAUGUAAAUGAGAUGUGGGCUAAGGAUAUAGAUCAAAUGGACUUGAUUGUGUUAUCAUUUGGUCAUUGGCUUUUGGAUAUUCCUUCAAUUUACUAUGAGGGUGAUUCUAUUAUAGGUUGUUUAAAAUGUCAUGAUUUUAAAUUUAAUUACAAAGAUAUUGGAUUUUAUGAUCCAAUGAGAAAGGCUUUAAGGACUACUCUUAAUACUAUAAUUGAGAGGAAAGUUGGUAAAGGGAAUGGCAUUGAUGUGAUUGUGAGAACAUUUUCACCUACUCAUUUUGAAGGUGAUUGGGAUAAGGGUGGCACUUGUUCAAAGAGAGAACCAUAUAGAAAUGAGGAGAAGAAAAUUGAAGGAAUGGAUGCUAAGAUAAGAAGUAUUGAAAUUGAGGAAUUGGAAAAUGCUAAGGAAAAAGCUAAAAAAUUUGGAUUAAAUUUUGAAGUGCUUGAUGUAACAAAAUUGGCAUUGUUAAGACCAGAUGGUCAUCCAGGUGCUUAUAUGAAUCCUUUUCCAUUUGCAAAUGGAGUUCCAAAAAAUGUACAAAAUGAUUGUGUUCAUUGGUGUUUGCCUGGGCCUAUUGAUACUUGGAAUGAGAUUUUUUCUGAGAUGAUGAAAAAGGGCAAGUAUCAUGCACAAAGAGAAAAGUGA